AUGGUUACUACUAUUGGUAUUAAUGGUUUCGGUCGUAUUGGUCGUUUAGUCCUCAGGGUCGCUUUAGAAAGACCGGACUUGCAAGUUGUUGCCAUUAAUGAUCCUUUCAUUGCUGCUGAUUACGCUGCUUAUAUGUUCAAAUAUGAUUCUACUCACGGUAGAUAUAAGGGACAAGUUGAAGCCAACGGUUCUGAUUUAGUCAUUAACGGUAAAACCGUUAAGGUUUUCCAAGAAAGAGACCCAGUCAACAUUCCAUGGGGGGCCAACGGUGUUCAAUACGUUAUUGAAUCCACCGGUAUCUUUACCAAAUUGGAAGGUGCUCAAAAACAUAUUGAUGCUGGUGCCCAAAAAGUUGUUAUUACUGCUCCUUCUGCUGAUGCUCCAAUGUUUGUGGUUGGGGUCAAUGAAGAAAAAUACACUCCAGAUUUAAACAUUGUUUCCAAUGCUUCUUGUACUACCAAUUGUUUGGCUCCUUUAGCUAAAGUUAUCAAUGAUAACUUUGGUAUUGAAGAAGGGUUAAUGACCACUGUCCACUCCAUUACUGCCACUCAAAAAACCGUCGAUGGUCCUUCUCACAAAGAUUGGAGAGGUGGUAGAACUGCUUCUGGUAAUAUCAUUCCUUCUUCUACUGGUGCUGCUAAAGCCGUUGGUAAAGUUAUUCCAGAAUUAAAUGGUAAGCUUACCGGUCUUGCUCUUAGAGUUCCAACCGUCGAUGUCUCGGUUGUUGAUUUAACCGUCAGAUUGAAGAAAUCAGUCACUUACGAAGAAAUCUCUGCCGCUGUUAAAAAAGCUGCUGAUGGUCCUCUUAAGGGAGUUUUAGGUUUCACCGAUGAAGCCGUUGUCUCCACUGAUUUCUUGACUUCAGAAUACUCCUCCAUCUUUGAUUCUAAAGCCGGUAUCUUAUUAUCUCCAACUUUUGUUAAAUUAAUUGCUUGGUACGAUAAUGAAUACGGUUACUCUACCAGAGUUAUCGAUUUAUUAGAACAUGUCGUCAAAUCUUCUAAGUAA